GAAAGGCCACUUUAACUUCGUCGGUAUCAACAACACCUUCGAUUAGUAAUUAUAAUUAUGAACCAAAUUAUCCAGAAGGGUACGACCAAGAAUUACACAAUUAUGCAGAAGAAGUGGAAAGAGAAAUACAAAUUGAUGAAGAACAACAACAAGAAGAGGAACCAACGACCCCUAUUGGGAUACAUAAUUCUCGACAGUCAUCAACAAGAUCACAUGAAGAACAACAACAACAACAACAAAGACAAGCUCGUGGUAAACGAGUCAAUUUCCAAACUAUCGAUGAAGAUGAACCAGUAAGACAACCUUUUCCGACAAUGCCACCUCCUAGUGGUAGAGCUGUUUCACAUGUGUUGUCGUAUUUUACAAAAGAACAAACCCACAAUCCAGAUGUUUUCUUAUGCACUUGUCAAAUUUGUGAAAGUCACGAAGUAAAGCCCUUAAUUUCAUACAAUUUCGCCAGAGGUGGUGGUACGGGAUCUUUUAACAAACAUUUGGCAAAGAAGCAUGGAAUUACAAAAGAAACUCAUGCAACAAGCGGCAGCGGGACCAUAAGUGGAAGCCGACAGUGGGACAUUCCCAGCACAUGUAUGCCUUUUAAAUAUAAUCGUAAUGAUAUGAUUGAUGAAUUUUCUAAGUAUGUAAUUUGUGAUGAAUUGCCUUUUAACCACGGUGAAAGUUACAUAACAACAUUGUAG